UAAGAAUUAAUUACAAACAAUAAGAUAAUAACGAUGGAAUGUAAAGUAGGAGAUGUGGUUAUGCCUGGAAACAUAAUACAAGAAGCAGACGCACUUGCAAAAGAGAGUAAAAAGGUAGUUUUAGGCAAUGGACUUAGGCUAGAGAAUGACAGUGCUGUUUCCUCAAAGAGUGGCUUGUUGUGUAAAAGAAAGAAUAUAUUUUAUGUCGACAGCUAUCAAAAGAAAUACAUACCUGCCAAAAAUGAUAAUGUUAUAGGAAUCGUCCAAUCAAAGACUCUAGAAUUCUUUUGGGUUGAUAUUAGCUACUCGGAACUUGCUAUACUUCCAUAUUUAGCCUUUGAAGGAGCAACAAAGAAAAACAGACCAGAGAUCAAUGUUGGUGACUUAGUAUACGCUAAAGUUGUGCUUGCUAAUCCAGAUUUGGAAGCUGAACUUGUUUGUGUUGAUUCAACUGGCAAGAAGGGAAAAUUAGGAGAACUAAAAGAUGGUCUGAUGUUUUCAUGCAGUAUAAAUCUUGUACGAAAGAUCCUCAAUGAAAAAUGCAAUCUGCUUCACUUGCUGUCUAAAGAAUGUCCCUAUGAGCUUGUAGCUGCAAUUAAUGGAAGGAUUUGGAUUAAUACGAAAUCUCUUCGUGCUACUAUUUUGUUAAGGGACACAAUUCUUGAAGCUGAGCAUACAGCAUAUAAUCAAAUGAAGGAUUUAGUCGAUAGAUUUGCAACUGAAUUGACAGGAAUAAAAAUUUAAUUAUUUUGAAUAAGGAA